GCGAGAAGGAUGCCGCGAAGAAGGGGAGCGCGGCAAACGGAGAGAAGGAGGAGCAGGACGAGUCCAAGGACAAGCUUAAGAGGAAGGAGUAAGCGGGGGGAUAGCUGCUAUCUACGUGAAACGAUUCAUUAGAACAAUUCAUUGCUGUGGAAUGUAUACUAUGUGCUCGUGGAUAUAUAUCUUCCCCAGCGCAAUGCCGACUCCAAGUGAAAUGGCGGUAUUGGAAAGACAGUCUCGAGACGCGUGGAUGUCCACGGUGACAGUAAUGAUCGUAUCAGCGGUAGUAUAUAUAUGGAAGCAAUUCAAGCUGGGCAUGUAUGGACCAUAUGAACCACGCUAUGAGGCAGACUUUGGUGUCUUCCAAAUCAUUCUCGACCAGGCCAUGCAUGCAGUUUUCUUCAUAAAGGCAUUGUGCCAUCUACACGAUGAGCCUGCUCCGAGGACCUUGCUUGCUAUACAAACUUCCUCACCUGUGACACGUACAUAAACCCAGCUGUGAAAUAAUACAAACUAAUAGAUGCAACGAGUAUUCAUUCAGCUUAGACAACCCUCCACAAGCUCAAAGAA